CAUAAACAUAGCAACAAUUUCGGCGCUGACUAGCGGCCGAAGCCGAAACCAGCGAGGUUUACCCAAAACUGGACACCCGCCCAGCUCGGCAAUGGCAGGGGCUGGAGCACUGCACACAGGCAGAGAGCAACAAAAGACCCGGGGUGCGAGAUCACACGUUGCAGACGCGCCAAAGCGGGUAAGGAGACGAUUGACAAAACAACCGCGUGGCAGUGCUCCGUUGUCCAAAACCAAGGGUACAUCUCGUUCGGGAGCCAUGGAAAAUGCGAGACCGUCUAAUAAGAUAAGAUCGCGAUUGAGUCUGUCCAGGAUUAAAGUUAGGGUGAAACACUUGAUCCACCGUACCAACAAGAAACGUAAUACACUAGAGAUUUCGCGCAUUAGCUGACCAUGGAUGACUUCAGCAAUAACGCCUGUCACGAUUUUGGCCAGCGCCGAAGAUGGAUAUCCGCAAUGGGAGAACGCGAAUCGACAAAACACCUCCCAAUGCCCGAUCUACCGCCUUCCCAACGAGCUCAUGGUGGCUAUUAUGGACAUAUCGGUCCACGACGACACACGCAUCUGCAUUGGACGCGAAGGCAGCGUGCGACUCUGCUCCCACCUGUCGGUGAACUGGGCGGAGCUCGAUUUGCGGCCCCGGAGCCAUGAGAGGGACUGCGUGCCAUCGGAAUCCGUGAUUCGCUGCCUGCACCCGUCACAUGAGAGCGUCGAUCAUAUAUUCGCAAGCUACCCAAGAAGAACAACACCGAACAGUACCAUUUCAUCCCGCCCAUCGCUUGCCAUAUUCAAAAUGUUUGACAAAGAAUUCGAUACCACUUCCGUCCACACGGUGAGGAGGUGCAAGAUACACUCGUUUGAUCUGGCUCCUUCCCGGCCAGUGACAAUGAAACAUCUCCAGCGGCAUCUCGAGUUGCGGCAGGCGCACCCCAAAGAUGGCGACUUUGCGCUUUGUCCACACGUCCCGUAGGGUGAUGUUAAGCUGCUCCAAGCAUUCUCGCCCACAGUAUGCUGUUGCUUUGGCGACGUCGCGGCGCCAUGGCGCCAAUAUGCUAAGACCAUCUGGAGGCUACCACGAACUGACCCUUAUUACAUCCCUAUGCUAGAGUGCCGGAAUCGAGCGUCUAAGUGUCCCUCGUAUAUAGGGGAGUUCCUAACACCAGGGGUAAUACACAGCAAAACCUGCUUGUCUUGCCGGACAGCAUACCUCCGGAGUAGAGACGGAAAUCGCAUCUUCCUCGAGGUUAGCCAUGACGGCCAAUAUAUCGAGCAUCGUUACCCGCUGAAUCACAGAUGGUUCGACCAAUUGGAUCCUAAGUCAUGGGGAAUGGAAGACGACGCCGAAACAAGGGAAAUUCUAUGGUGUCUGGACGCGAACUGCAAAACUAGCAGAUCAGGGAUUUGCAAGCUCCCUCGAUUCGGCCGUCAGGAGCUUUUCCGGGAUUCUCUCGGCAAAGCCCCGAAACACGAAGUUAUCCGGAAGCGGCUAGAAGGACUCUCCAAGGAUUUUGUUUUGGGAGAAGAAGCGCGCACCAGAGUCUAGGUCGCAAGAGAGUGAGAGCAGAUCGAUCAGGAAUCAGGGACCCGAGAUGGACGAAGCAUGAAGUUUGAAAGUGGUUAUGAUACAGCUACAGGGUUAUAUCGCGUCGGUAGUUUACAGCACAAACACUUUAUAGCAAAAGUACCUUACAUUACGAGGGUACAAUAUGGAAUUAAUUACUAGAGCUACGCAGUCCGCAAGAAAUGUUUCUGUUGGGUUCACCAGGGUACCGGUACUGGAAUCAACAGGGCGUAACUGUACGCCGAAAGCUGGUGGUUCAAGUGAUGGAUUGUAGAUGCGU